CAGCACAUGGGUCAGGUUGCCUCCUCGGGGCCCGAGAAGCUCAGCCCGGUGGCGGCUGCGGCGCUGCCCAAGGGAGGAGGGCGCCCGGAGGGAGGCUCCCAGAGCGCUGGGCGCAGCGCCCGGGAUGGGCUGACCCGGACCUCAGUGACCGGAAGUGACGCCAGCCGGGGGAUUCUAUGCCCAGGGGCUGGGAGUUCUGGGGGGGCCCGGCCGGGGCUGUCUGGGGCCGGGACCCCCCGCAGUGGCGGCGGCAGCAGCAGCGGCGGCAGCAGCAGCGUCUGCCCGGACCCGGCCCGCGUCCGCUGUCGGUCCCGCCAGGAGGGCUCCAGGGCUCGGGCCCGCGGCCGGGUGCGAAACUCUGGUUCCUGCUCGGGCUCGGGCUCGGCCUCGGGGCCCGUGACCUCGCUCCCCCCAGCCUGGGUCAUGGGGCCCCCGGGAGGGGCUCCGGGGGGACCCCCAGGAGGGCCGCCGGGAGGAGCCUCGGCCCACGUUCCGCCCCACUCGAUGCAAGGAGACCCUGCCACCUUCAGGGCCGCACUGCGGGGGCUGCUCAACUGUGCGCGCUUCAGUGAUGUCCGGUUCUUGGUGGGUCAAGACCGGAGGGAAGUACUUGCCCACCGCUGCCUCCUGACCUCCCGUUGCGACUACUUCCGCCAGCUCCUGAGUGCGGAAAACCCGGGUGGGGGUGCCCCGGAGGAGCCUGUGAUCUUGGCUGAUGUGCCCCCAGAUGCCUUCUUGAUGGUGCUAGAGUUCCUCUAUACCAAUACCAUCACCCUGGAUAGGCGAACAGUCCUGGAAGUGCUAAUUUCAUCACUGGAAUAUGGGCUGUCUGAGCUUCGAGAGCUGUGUGUGGAAUUCGUGGUGCGAAACCUGGAUGUGGAGCUGGUCUGUGAGGCCCUACAGGUGGCAGUGACCUUUGGCUUAAGGAGUUUACGGGAGAAGUGUCUGAAUUUCAUCGACAGUCGCACCCAGGAUGUACUGAGGACCCCAGCCUUCCACGAGCUGUCACCAGCUGCCCUGAUAACUGUGCUGCGGAGUGACCGCCUGGCAGUGGACGAGGUGGAGCUCAUUGCUGCCACCCUUCAUUGGGCUCGGGUCAGCUCGGCGGUGUUGGAGCAGCCGAUGGUCCAGGUGGCCCAGUCCGUGGUGGGAGAGCUGCGGCUGCCUCUGCUGUCCCCAUCCGAGCUGAGCUCGCUGGAGGAACAAAACCGGGUUGAGCCUUUCAUCCCGGUAGAGCAGAUUGCCGAGGCCUGGAAGUGCCAUGCCCUGCGCCAGGGGGAAGCGACCCGGGGCAUCCAGGGCCGCCGCCGAAAGGGGACCACGCCCCGCGAGCACCACCGCUACCUGGAACUGCAUCCCAAGUGAUCUAGUUAGGCCGGGUUCCCCGCCCACCCUCCGGCCUCUAGAGAUCCCCUCCCCGCCCUGCCUUGCUCUGAAUUACAGCUCCCGGCAUCCUCCAAGCUGUACAGCCCCCUACCCCACACUUGAACACCUUGACCCAGGAUUACAGCUUCCUGCACCUUCUGCGGGCUCUGCCCGGGACUGGAGCUGGGUGAGAAUAAAGACCUCAGCCUGCGGCUGCGGCUACUGUUGCAGCCGAGCCCUUUCCCCGAUCUCUAAGCGCCAGCUCCUUUAUUCACUGCCUGCAUCUAUUCUCAGGAUUUUUUAUUCCUACCCCCCGGCUUCCCGUGGGCGUCCCCAGAUGCAGAUGACUUGUCCAAGGUCACACAGCUAAUGGAUGGCAAAGGCAGGAUUCGGAACCCUGGUAUUCUCUCCCUUAGCCCAGAACUCUCUCCUUGUCUCGGGACAUUCUAGCUCAAAGCCCAUAAACUCAAUGGCUAUCUCUACGCAGAUCUAUCUACGAACCCCCUUACCUCUCUCCUGAGUCCCAGUCCCGAAUUACCUUGUAUUCCCAUCUCCAUCUGGAUGCCCCAUAGACACCUCAAGUUCAACACGGCCCAGAUUGAACUCGUUAUCUCCCCUUUCCUCAACAACCUCUCUCUUAGCCGUCCAGAGAAUCAUCUUCCCAGUCACCUAGACUUAAGACCUCCAUGUAAUCCUCAACUCCUCUCUCCUUCACUCUUUUAAAGCAAAUUUUAUUGCCGGCUCAGUAACCGUCUAGAAACCAAAAAUAAAUUAAGGCACCAAAUCAUGGAUCAAACCAGACAGUUCACAUGUGACCAGAAACCCGUCUACUCUGAUGGAAAUAGAGUGGGAUGUACCAAAGAACCCACAGAAAAGCCCCGCCUCCCGGGCCCAAGUCCUCUCUCCAGCUCCCUCCUAUCUGCGCAGUCCUGUCCCUGCUAUUUUUCGUCUACUGGGUUCUCUGCUUGGCCUAAUUGUAUACUGAGUCUUCUUCCCCUAUGACCUUCCGUGUAUCGGUCUUACGUGUUUCUCAUUUCGUCUGGCACAAUAAUGUUUCCUGACGCUCACAGCCCUCUCUAUUCAGACAUUCCACAGUUGAACACGUGGGUGGUUUCCAUUUUUUCAUUAUUACGAAUAAAGCUGCUAGGAAUA